AUGUUCAGUUGGGAAGAUUGUGGUGAUAUAAUUGGCCGUAAUGACCUUUCCAAAUUUUGCAGAAACUCCGAACAAACCGCAAUUUAUCAGACAUUAAAAUCAAAAUUACAAGAGGAACAUUCAUCAAUUUUCAAGCAUGUUUUAAAUACCCAAUUAGGAUGGUACGAUCCAAAGUUAAAUGGAAAUAAGAGAAUCGAAGACCUCAAAGAUACGGAGAUAGUGGUUGCUGAAACUACUGAAGAAGAUUUGACUAAACCAGUGUAUGAGGAUGCAACCCAAAUUAAGAUUUUAUUGAAUGAUUUUCCAUAUGAUGUUGAGCCUGGAAUUACUCAUUUCGUUGUUUGGUACCGAGGGCUAGUACCUGUUACCGAUUCAAAGGGUGACAUUAGUAGUGAGACUCGCAACCAAAUGUAUCUGUAUGUGAAAAACAAAUUUAUUGAAGAUAAUAGAGCUAGAUUACAAUAG